GCCCCUGUGUUCCCAUAUGUUGUUUGUUAUCAUGCUCGCGGUGACGUCAUGGCAACGCUAGGUCGGAUUUUGGUUCGGAAUUAUUUUUCAGUCAUCGUCGUCACCCAGUUAUUUUGUGGUGCUUAUCUAAUUGGGCCUGCUCACUCGUGCUCACUGCCGCUCAGUGGCGCUCUUUUCGGGUUCCCUCUAGCGAAGGCGACUACCGCUUGCCAUCGAGUCUAAAAAUCCGGCUACCAAAAUUCAGUUGUAUUCUGGCGCUCGCACACAGCGGUCGCUAUUUAUCCAUCAGAGGAAGAUAACCAAGUAUUAUAUCAACCAAAGGAGCAACAAUGUCGGAGGGAGAGUCCAAGUUCGGUUUCAAGGAUAUGGAGAAGGCGUUGGAGACGCUGAAGCUGCUGGAGAGCCAUGACAUGCAAUAUCGCAAGCUCACGGUGCGCGGCCUGUUGGGCAGAGCCAAGCGGGUGCUAUCCAUGACCAAGGCGGAGGAGAAGCUGAAGAAUAUCAAUGAAGCUAUCGGUGUCUUUGAGAAAUGGCUGGAGGAGAACGGUGGCGGAGCUUCCAAUAAGAAUGCCAAGACCGACACUGAGGACAAGGUGGAGACAGUGCCCGGUUUGGGAUUCAAAGACAAGGCAGCUGCGGAGGCGACGCUGAGCAUCUUGGCAGAACGCGAUCCGGACUACCAGAGGCUGGCCAUCAAGGGGCUCAUUGGCAGUUCUAAGAGAGUCCUGUCUGGUACCAAGAAUGAGGACAAGAUCAAUGCCAUUAAGGAGGCCGUGCAGUUGUUGGAGGAUUUCCUUGAGAAAUUUGAGUCCGAGAACCGUAUCAAAUAUAAUCGUGCCUACUUGCCCGUGACAGUUAUAACCAAGCUGCCGGAACCCAAGGACGACUCACUGGCUAAGGAGUUCCUUGAGGCCUACGGCGGCUCAAAGGCCAAGGGCAACUACAAGCACCUGCGCACCAUGUUCCCUAAGGAGGAUGAGAGCACCAGCUGGGACAUUGUCCGCAAUCGGCAGCUAGCCAAGCUGCUGGAGCAGAUCAAGAGCGAGGAGGCCAAACUCUUCGAUGCGGAGACCGGAGCACCCACCGAUCUGCACUCGCAGCUUAUCCACUGGGCCUAUAGCCCGCAGCCGGACAAGCUCAAGCAGUAUAUCGAAAAGCUGGCCAAGAAGACACCUGAGAAGCGGAAGCAGGAAAGCAGCAGCAGUGCCAAUGAUUCGAGCAGCAGCAGCCAGGACUCCGACCAGGAUGAUAAGCCCAAGAAAAAGAAGAAGAAGGAUGAAUGAAACACACACAGCUGCCAGUUUAACGAACAGAAACGUUUCAUAUGCUCCGGUUUUCGUUUUCGAAACCCAUCCAAUUUGGCUUGUAAGUUUUCCAAAAUCUUUCAAAUCUUUUCAAGCAUCUUAAUUGUAUGGGAUUUGAAAACGGAAUCGGGGGCUUAAUAGUUUAUUUAAGUAAUUCAACCUCAACGCAGACUACGAUUAGUGGGAGACACUGUUCUUUUGUUCUCCUCUAUCAGGAAUCGCCAUUGAAAUCGCUAUGGCGUUGAAGUCACACAAAAUGGCGACUAAAACCAUGCAAAAGAAAAUAUUGCCUACUUUUGGACACCUUUUCGUAUUCAUUUCGAAUACCAUAGCGAUUUCGCGGGAAAACCCUUUAUAUAAGUAAAUAUAUAUACACAGAUUUAUGUA